GGAAUAUAUAUAAAAAAAAUAUGGCAUAGCGUUUGAUACGGGGGGGAAUAUUUUUUUCAGUAAAUUAAUUUUUAGAUUAAUAUAAUUUAUAAAUAAGUAGCACAGCACAGCACUUUACUUCACAAUCAAUACAUGGUCAUUAUUUAAACUGGAGAGGAGACUGACGGUGCAGUUAUCAGAUGAAUCCUUGUUGCCCUUGAGUGGAAUUUCUAUCGAUCUUAAACAAUGGCCGACACUCCGCCGGAGAUCUCGUUCGCCGGAAUUUUUGUCUGCAGCGCAUUCGCUGCAUGUUUCGCCGAGCUGUGUACCAUUCCUCUAGAUACUGCUAAAGUAAGGCUUCAGCUACAAAAGAGAAUUCCUUCAGGUGAAUCUUCAACUGCACAAAAAUACAAGGGAUUGUUUGGUACACUUGUUACAAUAGCAAAGGAAGAAGGUUUAUUUGCACUUUGGAAAGGCAUUGUACCAGGCUUGCAUCGUCAAUGUCUUUAUGGGGGUUUAAGAAUUGGGUUAUAUGAGCAUGUCAAGUCCUUCAUCACUGGAAGUAGUUUAAGUGGAGACAUGCCCUUGUUUAGUAAAAUAUUAACGGCUCUGCUUACUGGUGCCAUAGCAAUAACGGUUGCUAAUCCCACUGACCUUGUCAAAGUUCGGCUUCAAGCUGAGGGUAAAUUGCCUGUGGGAGUACCAAGACGUUAUAAUGGUGCUUUUGAUGCUUAUUGUUCCAUAGUCAAACAGGAAGGAAUCACAGCUUUGUGGACAGGGCUUGGGCCUAAUAUUGCAAGAAAUGCAAUUAUAAAUGCUGCAGAAUUAGCCAGUUAUGAUCACAUCAAAGAGACAAUUGUGAAACUUUCAGGAUUUGCAGACAAUAUUUUAACACAAUUAUUAGCUGGUUUAGGUGCUGGAUUCUUUGCAGUCUGCAUUGGCUCACCCGUUGAUGUGGUUAAAUCUCGAAUGAUGGGAGAGACAGUCUACAAAAGCACAAUAGAUUGCUUCUUCAAGACAUUAAAAAAUGAGGGAUUCAAUGCUUUUUACAAGGGCUUCUUGCCAAAUUAUGUCCGCCUUGGAUCAUGGAAUGUUAUUAUGUUUUUGACUCUCGAACAAGUCAGGCGACUCUUGUAUUGAAAAGAUGGUCACACGCAAUCCCAUCUUCCUGUUUCGAUUCGCAACAAUGGCACAUUUAGCUCCGACAAGGGCUUCGGCUCAGUUCCCGGUUGGGAACCAAAUAGAUAUACAUAUACCACAGGUGAGAAAACAUGUAUGGAAAUAAAAACAUUCAUUGCAUAGGGGAAAUUCCAUUCUGAAACUGAUUUUUAACUCGAUUCAUUCUUGUAUUUGUAUAAUACAGCAGCAUUAUAUACGAGCCCAAGCUCAUGCCUUGGGAAAAGGCAGUUGAAAUAUGUUACGUAGUUAUUAUGUUGUAUAAUGUGUUUGGAAGUUGAUUUUUUGAAAAAC